UCGUCCCCUCAUGGAUCUGCGGACGGCCGUGUUCACGGCGGCCCGCGACGGCAAGCUGCAGCUGCUGGCCCAGCUGCUGGCCAGCAAGUCGAAGGCGGAGGUGGCGGCGCUGACGGCGGAGAAGACGGACGGGGCCACCCCGCUGCUGGCGGCCGCCCGCUCGGGCCACCGGGCCACGGUGGAGUACCUGCUGGACCGCUGCGGCGCCGCCAUCGAGGCGUGCGGCGCCGUCAGCUUCGACGGCGAGACCAUCGAGGGGGCCCCGCCGCUGUGGGCCGCCUCGGCCGCCGGCCACCUGGACGUGGUCCGCGCCCUGCUGGACCGCGGCGCCGCCGUCAACAGCACCACCGUCACCAACUCCACCCCGCUGCGGGCCGCCUGCUUCGACGGCCACCUGGACGUGGUGCGCUGCCUGGUGGAGCACCGGGCCGACCUGGAGGUGUCCAACCGGCACGGCCACACCUGCCUCAUGAUCUCCUGCUACAAGGGCCACCAGGACAUCGCCCGCUACCUGCUGGAGAAGGGGGCCGACGUCAACAGGAAGAGCGUCAAAGGUAAUACCGCACUGCAUGACUGUGCCGAAUCCGGAAGCUUGGACAUCAUGAAGAUGCUCCUGAAUUACAGCGCCAAGAUGGAGAAGGACGGCUACGGGAUGACUCCCCUUCUGUCGGCCAGUGUGACCGGCCACACCAACAUCGUGGAUUUCCUGACGCAGCACGCCCAGACCAGCAGGACCGAGAGCAUCAGUGCCCUCGAGCUGCUGGGAGCGACGUUUGUGGACAAGAAACGAGAUCUGCUCGGAGCUCUGAAGUACUGGAAAAGAGCAAUGGACUUAAGGCUCGGCGACCAGGACGACGUCAUCGCGAAACCCGCGGCCCCGUCCUUAAUAAUGGCUUACGAUUACGCCAAGGAGGUGAACAGCGCCGAAGAGCUGGAAAAUCUGAUCGUGGACCCCGACGAAAUGAGAAUGCAAGCCCUGCUGAUCAGAGAACGCAUUCUUGGGCCCUCUCACCCGGAUACCUCCUACUAUAUUAGGUACAGAGGUGCCGUGUACGCCGACUCCGGAAACUUCAAGCGCUGCAUCAACUUGUGGAAAUACGCCCUGGACAUGCAGCAGGAGAAUCUGGACCCCCUCAGCCCGAUGACGGCGAGCAGUUUACUCUCUUUUGCGGAACUGUUCUCUUUCAUGCUGCAGGACCGGGCGAAAGGCCUACUGGGCACCACCGUGACGUUCGACGACCUCAUGACCGUACUGUGCAGAAGCAUCCUGGAGAUCGAACGCGCCGUCAAGCAGACGCAGUGCGCGCCUGACCAGAUUCAGCUGAGUAAAGCCCUGGCCAUCAUUUUGCACUUGGUCUGCCUGCUGGAAAAGAUUCCCUGCACGCCGGAGCAGGACCACUUGAAGAAGCAGACGAUAUACAGCUUCCUUAAGCUGCAGCCCAGGGGAAAGAAUAACUUCAGCCCACUCCAUCUGGCCGUGGACAAGAAUACCACGUGUGUGGGACGGUACCCCAUCUGUGAAUUCCCCUCUCUGCAAGUUACCGCGAUCCUGGUGGAGUGCGGGGCCGACGUGAACGUCCGAGACUUGGAUGACAACAGUCCCUUGCACGUCGCUGCCCUGAAUAGCCAUCUGGACAUCAUGAAUCUCCUCAUCAAAUCGGGCUCGCAUUUCGACACCACCAACUCGCACAGGCAAACAGCUGUCGACUUGCUGGAUGAGAAGGAGUUGGCCAGAAACGUCAUCCAGCCCCUAAAUCACACCACGCUGCAGUGUCUCGCCGCUCGCGCCCUGGUGAGUCACCGCAUACGGUACAAAGGGCAGAUCCCCGAAAAACUGGAGAGUUUUGUUCUGCUUCACAGAUGAUCGAUCGCCUGACCGGAGGCAUCCCGACCCUCGGAGCACAGCCCGAGCUGGUGACUCUCGUUUCUUCUUUCGAGCACCGUCGCGAUAACACCAGCGCUCAUUUCGCUUGAGAACAUCGUGCCCUCGUUGGCUUCUGCGUCGCGAGCAUGGGACUUGCCGGAUCGGUUGCCGAGGAUCUGACACGAUCGGACUGUAGAGCGUCUCGGUUUUGCGGAUUAUCUAGAAAUAUCACGUCGGGGUCGACCCUCCGGCCCCACCCGCUGAGAUUGGCUGCCGAAGGUUUACGCAGUCUGGCUUUUAUCUGCCUGUUGGGGCUCAGUUGACUGUUUGGCUGUGAUGUCUUUACACUGUCACUACUCAAGAGUCCAAGAUCUCGUUUCUGUCCCCGCCCCCGGCUUCUUCUUCUUCUUCUCCUCCUCCUUCUCCUCCUCCUCCUCCUCACCCCCUGCCCAACCGAAAUACACACACACACACAUACGCACUUUUUGGCUUGAGCAUAUCUCUCCCUACUUCUAAAGUUCUCUUUCUCUUUAUGGACCCAUUGCUAGACUGUACGAGCUUUAGAGACCUGUUACCAUUUGCAGUUACCGUAAGUGCUUUAUCUUCUCUAUGCACUGGCUUAAACAUGACUGUUGUCUGUCAGCAUAUUCUAUGCAGGGGUUGGCCACCUUCAACCCCAAACCCGGUUUUUUGCGGAGUCUGUGGGAUUCUUUUCCGAGAGCACUUCUUAGCAUGACGGUUUCGUUGUGGUUUUAGUUUCUUCUUAGAAUUACACAUCAGUCACCCAGGCUUUUCCGGUUGGUGGUUCUUCAGCUCUGAGAUUUGCUUCCUCGAAUCCUUCGAAACCACAUGCUAAAUUUGGGACAGAUCUAUCCCUCGCUCAUUAACCCACUUGAAAUUUUCAGCCUGUCGUUUUAACGUGCCGUGUCGCAAAACGAAGAGCGACACGUAUAUACACGUAUAUAUGCGCACACAUAUGUUUACACAUAUAUGUGUGUGUGUAUGGUAUCUGAAAUCUUUCUCGUGGCACUCAUAUAUCGCUCGUGCUGAUUAUGUACUUAGGAGUAGACAACUUGCUCAGAAUUAACCAAGGUUUAACGAGACUUCCAUUUAAACGGAGGCAGUAGCCUGAAAUGACAGGUCAGCUUCCGCCGCUCCAAAAGAAACUAAAGCAUGUCAGGGGCGUGAUGCUUAACCACCCAAAUCUAGACCAUCUAAGUCUAAUUAUAGCGAGGUACUAAGUGGCUAGCUGCCACGGAACGAGAGGUGGUUGAAGCGGUGUCCCUUUUCCUCCUUCAAGUUGUUAAAAUACCUUUAAAGAUAGUUUGCAUCUUUAGUCACUUUAGUCUCUAAUAUCGGUUGUCAGCCAGACUUAAAGAAAUCCAGAAGGUUGCAUCGUUACGGAACCCCCUGCUGAAGGCUAUUUCAUUUUGUUUUAAUAACGUUUGUACAACAGCUCUGUCGUUUACAGAAAGGGCUCUUCUGACUUAAGGAGAUAGAAGCGAGGAGAACAAACAAGAGUGAGAUUCAGGUGAUUAUAAAAACAGCACUUUAUUGUCCAGAAUAAAAAUUGAAAAUGUCUUAAGUGAUUCUGAAUAAAAAAAUUCUCAUCGGUUUGAGAAAAAAAAAGCAGUUUACCUCUGAGUUAAUGGGCUAGAGAACUUGGGCUUUUGAGGUGCGAUGUCUUAAUGCGGAGGUUGGUUUGGAACGUGAACCCGCUGGGUUGAUCUAGAUCGUCGCCGGACUAGAAAAUUGCAGAGGAGUGGACGGUAUUUCGGUGAACCCGAACCUGGCUUUAUCCGGUCAGAUAGCUUGCGUUUUAGCGGAUCUCCGCCAUCCUGAAGGGUGAGUAUCCCUACCCCACCGACUGGUUGCUCUGUAGGUCCCCCCUUUUCAUUUCCGCGCUCUCACGUUUUUCAUUCUCAGGACUCAUCGGUGGUGGUGCCCCCGGGGAGACUGGCUUCAGUGGACGCCAGAGCCGAUGGCGCUUGGAGGUGAAAGAAAUCGUUGACUUUUUCUCGUCGCGGAUCGUAGUUCUUUAGGGCGCGAGGCAGUCGGACGUUUCUCGAGGGCGUUAAAUUCAGAUUAGUUAAGCUGCUUUGAAUUUAGCACGUCGUGCAACUGUUGACUUUUAAGGAGAAACAUUUAUUCCUCAUCUUUCUACCGAAUGUCUUAGCAACAGCAGCACAAGUUGUCCCAAGGAGGAUGCCCCCGUGGAAUAAAAAGUUUUUUUUUUUGGCAGGGUUCUGGGGCGGGGGGGGGAUUAAAUAGGCUCUUUCUCUACUCUCUGCGCUCUUCCUCAGGAGCUCCAAUUAAAAUCCCUUCCUAACAGCACGCUAGAUUGGCAGUAGCUCCAAAAACGAAUAUUCGGGGCUGGCUAGGGGAAAAUAAAGGUGGGGUGACCUCACGUGAAGGGAAAUCUCAGUUUUAAUUGUUGCGAACUGAGUGCACUGACUUGAGUCGAGCACAGCAGGUGACCGCAGCGUGCAAGUUUUCAGAGUUUUGUCCCUCGUUCUGGCCUGCCACUCGUCAGCGACUGGAAAGCUGGCCAAGUCAGUUGUGCUAAAUCAGUUUCCCACUUCCCUGAUUUGGACAAAGCACCAUUCGGUUUUUCUUUCGCUUCUCACUUCGAAGGGCGCUGUUUUAAUGGCUUUCUCUGAAACGCGACUCCCUUAAUGUGUACUACUUCAGGGACCCUACAGACUGUGAGUUUGCUAGAUUGUACAGUGUUUGUUAAAAUAGCUCUUGAAGUUGUAGUGCCCGUAGAGACAAAAUAAACUGAAUUACGGCUGCCCCGGCCUCUUAAGAAAAUCGCCAUUCUUGUCUACUAUGAUGUGAAAGGGCUUCAGUCUGGUUGUACGGCGGCCUCCGGCCUUUUUUGUCCUAAACAACACUCAACGCCUCUCUGUCUCGCAUGCGCUCUCCUUCUUUUACGCCCCCUUUCCAUGGUGUAUCUUUCUAAGGAGGUACUGUAAUGGAGAUGCCACCCAAUUGUCACACGACGGCAAGAUGACGUAUGCCAGAACUUGCAUUUUGAGGUUCAAUAAAAUUAAAAAUUU